UCUGCACGUUCAAGUGGCAGCACAAAUUUAGCCGGGCCCCAGUACGGCACUCGAGGGUCAUUGAGACUGCACGUGACGAUUACGGCGGGGGUCAUGCUCGCGAGGGACUCGACCAUGUCGUACGGACGUCUCCUGUCCUUGAGCUCCCGCCCCAUGAUGACCUGCGAUGACGCGGGGUCGCCCCACUCCGGUUGUUCUUUGACCGUCAACGCGCAACUGGAGAAAUCCCCCCGUAUCGCCUCCUUCCAGCUCAUCGUAUCCUUCCACGAGGCGACCUACCAAAGGUUAUUCAGACAAGAUGCUGACUUGUCGGGCUUCAAGUACCAUUCCCCUCGGGUCGACCGGAUAACUGUGGCACAGGAGGGUGGACAGCCGCCCCCGCCCCUCCCCCCGCCACCACAGGAGGCGCCGCAGCAGCAGCCACAUUCGAUGCCGCAGCCACUGCCGCUACAACCGGUGCAGUCGCAUCAACCACAGGAACAACAGCUACCGCCGCAACAGCAACAGCAGCAGCAGCAGCACACAUCGCCUUCGUUGCGAUUGCCACCACCUCCACAAUGGCAGCAAGGGGGUCCAGGGCGCCUGCAGCACCAACCAUUACAUCAACGUCAUCACCCUUGGUGGCGUGGGACGCAGCAGCCUCGCAGCCGGGGCCAAGGUCAGGGCCGCGGCUUUCAUGUACCAGCAGAUCAAGUCAGGGAUGAAUACCUUCGCUUUCCUGAUUACUCCACCACCGCAUUUAAGGUCGAAAUUGAUCGCCGGCUCCGGCCUGUGGUCCUUGCCGUACACAAAAGAGAGGAUUGCCCUCUGCCCCUCGUGGGCCUGACGAAGCCCCGCCAUGGUACGAGUGCUGGAGACGCCGCCGCCGCCGGUGGCCAUGGCGGCGGCGGGAGUGGAGAGCGUGCGCAUCGCCAACGGGAGACGCAUAUUGUACGAGGACUGGAAGAUGCACUUCAAAGGAUGAUGGACUUCAUCUUCGCGAAGAAUAUGUCGGCGGUGGGAGUGAUGGCCAGUCCGCUGGCGGGCAGUCGUGGCGAUGGUGACGGAUGCGGCGGCAGCAGCAGCAGCGGUGGCGGUGAUGCGGCGCCAGUGUUGCCUCCGCCGGCACCACUGAUUAUCCUCGCGAAUGAGGGUGCCUGGCGUGAUAGCCGCGUCAUCCACCUCAAGGCGCCGGUCAGCAAGGUAACCGAGUAUUUACGAGUGCUCCGUACGCAGCUUGGAGAGCAUGGCUUCAUUAUGACUAACCACGGCAAUGACACUGACAUCAUCACAAAUGUUCUCUGCGACCAUCACGCCGGACUUACUGCGAACUACUCGACACCUUGCCUGCAAUCCAUCAUCUCAAACUUCAGCCGCCUCCCUGAAGCUCAGGACCUGCUCGAGUCCCGGUCGGAGCUGUUUUUUCGGGUCCCGGACGAGACGGGCCAGCUGUCUGGGAGUGAGCAGCUUGGGGCCGUGUGGUACGGCUGCCGCCAGCUGCCCCGGCUAGUGGCGACCCUGCCUGGCCGUUCAGUGAACGGGCUGAGCUUGGAGGAGGCGCUGGAGUGCAUGGAGGCUCUGUGGAACUCGGAACUGAAGAGGAGGUUGUUUGAGUCCAUCGAGGGGGAGAAAAAUACUGCGGGACUGGCCUGGGCGCUUGUGCCCUGCUUCGCGUGA